AUGCUCAACAGAUAUCCAACAGAACGCCAAAUCCAAAGAUUCAACCUUGUUGUUUUCUACCGAACUGCAAACGGGGGAAACUGGUUCCACAACGACAACUGGUUGAGCUAUGAUGUUUCGGAAUGCCAAUGGUUCUCAAGCGCCCCGUCUGAGGAACCAAUCUGUGAUGAGGAUGACAACUUUAUCACCCUCAACCUGACCUCCAACAACUUGUCGGGUACAUUCACCCUUACAAACACCUUUAUCCCUUCCUUGGUUAUCUUUGAUGUGUCCAACAAUGACCUCGACGGAAGAGUCCCGACGGCAGUCUCCAGCCCGAACUUGGAAGUCUUGGCAGUCUCCGACAACCGCUUUGAAGGCCAGUUAGUGGGUGAUGGAGUCUUUGCGGCAUUCAAACUACGUGUCAUUAAGAUUGAUGGCAAUCAAAUCGUUGGGAGCAGUGCAUCGUAUGUGUACAGGUUCUUGCCGCACCUCGAGAUUCUCAAUGUCACUUCUAAUCUCUUUCAUGGAGAAUUCAAUGGAGAGUUGAGGCACUGUCCCAACAUGACGUACAUUGGUUUUGGACACAACGACAUCUGCGGCAGCAUCCCGACAGAAAUGGGAGUUCUUACACAUUUACAGGAACUGGAUGUUUCUGGCAAUCCGAGGAUGCAAGGGAACAUUCCGGAGGAGCUGUCCACUCUGAAUUAUCUGACAAAGCUUGACGUGUCCGGUACUAGAAUCGCUGGAGGUGUCCCAGAGCCAAUUUGUGAAAGGAUUGAGGACAAUCUGAUGACCCUCAUUGCCAAUUGCAGCUUUGUUGAGUGCUGUAUGUAG